UGAGAAAAGAAAGAGUUAAAAUAAAACAUAUAUUAUUUCCCAUAAAUAUCAAAGCAUGCAUGAGAGAUUCUUUGCUUUUAUCAAAAGCUGCGUUCAAAGUUAUACAUCACCUAGAAUUAUGGUGGCCCUUUCAGAAAAAUCUUAUGGUUAAAGACAAGACAACAAAAGCAUACUUUCUUAAUCUCCAAGCUUUUUGCCCCAAUCAACUACCCAAUUUUGGAUCUUGUCUUAUUUAUAACCAAACGGUUCCCAACAUGAUAGCCAAAGAAGGUACGCGCUGCAAUUCAUGGGUUUUGUUGCUUAAAAUAUGGUGGAGUAAAGGUGUAAGAAUGUCAUUGCUUUUGCAGAUAACAAGGUUUCUUCCUCGGAAAAUGAAAAUGGUAGAGCAGUAUGAGAGAGAGUUGGCCGUGGGAGUGGCGGCGGCUGCGUAUGUGGUCAACGCCAUUGAAAAAGACGAAGCAAAAUAUAGGAUCAAAAUAGAAGGGAAAAAACAAGAUACCAUAUCGAGGGUGGGAAAUUCUGAUAGAGUUAGUAGGCGAUACUCAAGCAAGGAAGUGAUAACAAAUACAGCAGGUGAAACAUCCAGUAGAAAGUCAAGGGAAAGUAGUAAAGGAGGUGGUUCAUCGGCUGGAGACCAAAGGUGGAAGGGAAAUUAUUCCCAAACCAAUAAUGCUUUGGAGACUAAAGCUGAUGCUUGGCAGAAUGCUGAGUUGCACAAACUUAACAAACGGUAUGAGAAUAUGAAAGCAUCAAUUCAUGAAUGGGAGAAGGAAAAUAAGGUGAGAGCCAAAGUCAAGAUGGAAAGGAGAAAGAAAGAAUUGGAGAAGAAAAUAAAGAGGAGCCAUCAAGUUUACCAAUUGAAGAUAUCAAGAAUUGAUGAUAUCGCAGGUGGAGCAAGAGCUCAAGUUGAUGACAAAAGAAGAAAUGAGGAAUUGAAGAUCAGAGAAAAAGCAAAGCAAUUAUAAGAGCUACGGGAGUCGUUCCUUUUACAUGUUUAUGUUUCUGAAUUACAUCCAAAUAGGAAAAGACAUUUGUGAAUCAACAACAAGAUAAUGUAACUUCAAUUUCAUACCUAUUCCUUUUAGAGAAGAAGAUAAAAAGAUUAUCCAAUGUUCAAUCUUUCGAGUUACUUCAAA